AUGUCCUCAUCAGGUACCAAAAUCACCGACUGGGUCAAGCCCGGCGACAAGAGCGGAGAGUUCAAGCGCCCGGCCAGCUCGUUCCGCGAUUUCAUCUCCACGGAGGCGGGCGCAAAGUUCCCUCCCGAAAAGGGCCGCUACCACCUCUAUGUCAGCUAUGCUUGCCCGUGGGCGUGCCGGGCCCUGAUUGCUCGCAGCAUCAAAGGUCUUGAGGACUUUAUCAGUUUUUCGGUUGUGCAUUGGCACAUGGGUGAGAAAGGCUGGCGUUUCCCAACUUCGGAAGACACGGACGCCGAGGGUGAAAACGUAAUCCCGGACCCGGUUCCCGGCCAUGAAAAGAUCACGCACCUACGGGAGAUUUACUUUGCCGCCGACCCAGACUACUCGGGCCGCUUCACCGUGCCCGUGCUGUACGACAAGGUGCAGCAGACCAUUGUCAACAACGAGUCGUCCGAGAUCCUGCGCAUGCUGGGCACCGUCUUCAACGACCAGCUCCCCGCCGACAAGGCCGCCAUUGACCUGUACCCCGAGGCCCUGCGCAAGGACAUUGACGAGGUCGGCGAGUGGACCUAUGACCAGAUCAACAAUGGCGUCUACAAGAGCGGAUUUGCCACGACGCAGGAGGCGUACGAGAAGAAUGUCGUCAAGCUGUUUGAGGCUCUUGACCGCGUCGAGGAACACCUCAAGAAUGGCAAGGGACCGUACUACUUUGGAGAUGUUCUGACUGAAACGGAUAUUCGAGUAUUCUGUACCCUCAUCCGUUUUGAUCCCGUCUAUGUCCAGCACUUCAAGUGCAACAUCCGGGACAUUCGCUCCGGUUAUCCUGCCAUUCACAAGUGGAUGCGUAACCUUUACUGGAACGACCCAGCCUUUAAGAAGACGACCAACUUUUUGCACAUCAAGAACCACUACACCAAGAGUCACACGCAAAUCAACCCCUUCUCGAUAGCUCCCGUUGGACCAUUGCCCGAUAUCCUGCCUUUGGACGAGGAGGUGCCCGUGGUCAAGGCCUACAAGUCGUAG